AUGGCUCACGAUGCCGGCGACAGCGGCUGCGAACUCCCGCCGCCCGCGAAGAAGAAGUCGCCCUCCGAGGAGGAGGCCGAGAAGAGGAGGAAGAAGCUUACACCUGGGAGCUUGAUGAAGGGCAUCAUACGGUCUGGGAGCGGUGAUGCCACCCCUGCAGAGGGCGAUCAGGUUAUACUUCAUUGCACUACUCGGACGAUGGAUGGUAUUAUUGUCAAUUCUACAAGAAGGGAGCACGGAGGUAAAGGAAUCCCACUCAGAUUUGUCUUAGGGAAGAGCAAGAUGAUCCUAGGAUUUGCUGAAGGCUUCCCAACAAUGCUGAAGGGUGAAAUUGCUAUGUUCAAAAUGCAGCCUAAAAUUCACUACGCUGAGGAUGAUUGUCCGGUUGCAGCUCCAGAUGGCUUUCCGAAAGAUGAUGAACUUCAAUUUGAGAUUGAAAUGUUGGAUUUCUUUAAAGCGAAGGUUGUGGCAGAGGAUUUAGGGGUUGUAAAGAAGAUAGUUGAAGAAGGCAAGGGAUGGGAAACACCUAGAGAGCCAUAUGAAAUAACAGCACGGAUGACUGCAAGAACAGCAGAUGGAAAAGAAAUUAUUCCGAGUAAAGAAGAGGCAUAUUUCUUUACUAUUGGUAAAUCUGAGGUACCUAAAGGGCUUGAGAUGGGCAUUGGAACAAUGGCACGCAAGGAAAAGGCAAUUAUUUUUGUCAGCAGUGCAUAUUUGACAAAGUCCUCACUAAUGCCACAGCUUGAAGGCCUUGAAGAAGUUCAUUUUUACGUUGAACUGGUUCAGUUUAUCCAGGUGAGAGACAUGCUUGGUGAUGGUCGCCUAAUAAAACGACGUGUAGUUGAUGGAAAAGGUGAAUUUCCAAUGGACUGUCCUCUUCAUGAUAGCUUAUUAAGAGUGCAUUAUAAGGGCAUGCUCCUUGAUGAACCGAAGUCAGUGUUUUAUGAUACACGUGUCGAUAAUGAUGGUGAACCAUUGGAAUUCUGUUCCGGAGAAGGCUUGGUUCCAGAGGGAUUUGAAAUGUGUGUUCGGCUAAUGCUUCCUGGUGAAAAAUCUAUUGUCACCUGCCCACCAGAUUUUGCAUAUGAUAAGUUCCCAAGGCCAGCAAAUGUUCCUGAAGGAGCUCAUGUUCAGUGGGAAAUUGAACUACUUGGAUUCGAAAUGCCCAAGGAUUGGACUGGCUUAACUUUCGAAGAAAUCAUGGAUGAGGUGGACAAAAUAAAGAACACGGGUAACAGACUGUUUAAAGAAGGAAAGUUCGAACUUGCAAAGGCGAAAUAUGAUAAGGUGCUUAGGGAAUAUAACCACGUGCAUCCUCAUGAUGAUGAAGAAGGAAAAAUCUUUGCUAAUUCAAGAAGUUCCCUACAUCUAAAUGUAGCUUUUUGCUACCAGAAGAUGGGUGAAUACAGAAAAUCCAUUGAAACAUGCAAUAAGGUGCUGGACGCAAAUCCUGCGCAUGUGAAAGCUCUUUACCGCCGAGGAACGUCCUUCAUGUUACUUGGAGAAUUCGAUGAUGCAAGGAAUGAUUUUGAGAAGAUGAUUACCGUUGACAAGUCAUCAGAACCGGAUGCCACAGCUGCCCUCCUUAAACUUAAGCAGAAGGAACAGGAAGCUGAAAAGAGGGCGAGGAAGCAGUUCAAAGGACUCUUUGACAAGAAGCCGGGGGAGAUAUGCGAAGUUGGUGUGGAAUCAGAGGGCAGAAAGGACGCAGGUGGUGCAAAGGACGCAGGUGGUGCAAGAGGCUCUGAUGAUGCAACAAGUGCUGAUAGAGGUGCAAAUACAAUGGAUAGUCCGACCAGAGAACCAGAGUACGCCUUCGAGGAAGAGAGGCCUGGGCUUCUUGGCCGCUUGUGGCCCUCUGCGAGGAGGAUCUUCUCGUCUCUUGGCAUGAACAGGUGCACAAUACUCUGA